GGCCGCGAUGGAUGGGCGGGCCGAUUUCUAUACCCUGCCGCGCUCCCAUCCACAAAACCCUCGAAAAACCCCAAAUCACACUGCGCCCCGGAGAAAACCCCUCUGCUUCUCUCCAUAUCUCUCUCUGAUUUCUCCCCGCCUUAGAAGUCUGCAUUUUGUGGGGGCACCGGUCAGAGGUGAUGCAUGAUGCUGAUCUCUUUUCUUGUGCUGUGCUUGAAUCGAAAAAUCUGGUGAACUUCCAACAUUAUGCAGGCCCUAAAAGCCAGCUGGGUCGGGCAAACAUUUGCUUUAGCUAGACGGGAUGAUUAUGGAGAAAAGAAGCCUCGCCGUCGACGAACAAAAGAGGAGAGGAGAAAAAUGGUUGAGUCCUUUAUAAAGAAGUACCGUACUUCAAACAAUGGGAGUUUUCCUUCUCUAAAUCUGACACAUAAAGAAGUUGGUGGGUCUUUCUACAUUGUACGAGAAAUUGUGAGAGAUAUAAUUCAGGAAAAUAAAGUGCUGGGUCCUGGUGAUGCAAGCUUGAAGGCAUUGAAUCUUGAAGCUGGCUUAGAGGAGCAUGCAUCAAGAUUCACAGAUCCAGGCGUUCAUCUGUCCAUAUCAUCUUUGAUGCAUGUGGCUGAUCAUGAGGGGAUGGAAAUGUCUUCUAUGGUUAACGAACAUCAAAGCGAAGAAAGCUAUGAAUUAGUAAAAUCUGUUGAUGAGGAAAUAAUUGCAUCUCAUGCAAAUGAUGUUUCUGUUGCAGAAAUUAUGCACGAUAAAUCCUCUGAUCAUUCGGAGAACUCCAAUGGUUCAAGUCAAUAUGAUAUUUUAGUGAACGCACAGAGUAAGAAAGAAAAAAUACAGAAACCAUCUGGGUCGACACAUGACCAUACAGGAAUUCAUGAACAAAAUGAUCCUGUCCCUCUAGAAAACUCUGGAAUUCAUAAGAUCGGGCAGUCUCAUCCUUUCCAUCAGUCUGUAUCCAUUACUUCUCUGAAAAAUGGAUUGAUACUGGAUGAAAAAGAUGUUGAAAAGAAAAGCAGAGAUGUGGCUGAGGCAACUGAUAUUUCUGCAGAAAGCGAUGUUAUUCCUAAAUUAACUGGGAUGAAUGUUUUACCAGAAGCAAUGAUCUCUGUUAACUCAGUGACUAGCAAUGUAUCUGAUCAACUGGUGGAUCAUUUAGUUUCUGGUGCUCAAGAAAUUUUUCCAAUAGCAUCUUCUUCUAUCAAUGCUUUGGACUUAGAUUUAAGCCCCCUGGAAACCGACGACUUAAUCAUCUCCCAGGAAGUAUUAGGAAUGCAAAACUCAGAAGUGGAGGUGCCCUUCAUGCCAGGCAACAAAGUUCCCAAUAUAAACAGUACAAAAUCUACAGGAACUCAUACUUCCGGUUCAGUUAAUAAAGAAGCAACAGUCGUGACAUCAAUGAUGUCACAAACUUUAGUUUCUCCUGGUUCUGGAUCUUCAAGUACUGAGGCACUGCCUGUGCUGCAGCCUAAUGAUAUGGAGAACACGGCCCUGAAAACAGAAAGUGCUUCAAGUGAAUCACUUGCCCCCGGUAUGAAGGAAAUAUCUGACUCUGAAUGCAGCACCAAGCAUGAAGACAUUGCCAGCAGCAAUACUGACACAGAUACCAACUGUAGCAGCAAAUCAUCUGGAAAGGCUAGUAAGGAGUUAGAGACGGCAGAAGUCAACCCAGUUUGGGCAACUAUAAAGGCAUUUAUAGAUGCUGUUAUCAAAUUUUGGACUGAAUGAGGUGUCCUUUAUUGUGAAAAGUCACUUGAAGACUGCAAUGCAAGUGAUGCUUUCUUCGUUCCUAUUUGAUGAAGACACGAAGACCUCCUCCCUUCUCUACUAUAUAUAUAUAUAUAUAUAUAUAUAUAUAUAUGUAUGCAUGUAUUCAUUUGGCUGUUUAACAGCUGAAGUUUGGAACUGAUGAUCAUUCUGUCCUGUGGUCAUGUAUAAUGGUCCAUGUAAUAGUUAUUGAUCCUAAAACAACUUUAUUUUGUCGGUAUUGUGAAAAUAAUAUGCAAGAGCCAGCUCUAGAGUUAAGGUUUGUCGUCUUUGUUGCCGAAUAUUUUCUCCAAAAUAGAACCUGAGUUUCUGUUGUGCAGUGUAUCAA